GGUGCUCGGGGGAGGGUCCGCAGCGCCCGCCGCCGCCGCCGCCGCCGCCGCAGCCCAGAUGGCCGCGGGCGUCGCCCCGCCGCGCCUCCCGCCCCCCACCUUCGCCGCGCUCGAGUGGCCGCGCUCUCCCCCGCGCUGCUGUCCCCUCCCGCGUAGUGCUUGCCUUUGUUCCAGGAAUAGCGCUCCGGGUCCCCGCCGCUGCCUCUGGGCCUGGCUCCGGAGCGCGCCGCCGCCCUGUGCGGCCAGCCGGGCCCCUCCCGCGGGCACUUGGACUGGGGCCCGCGCUCCAGCUGCGGGCCGGGCUCCCGUGACACACCCGCCAGACCACCCAGCGCCCGGCCGCCGCGGGCCGCCUCCGCCAGACCGACCGCCAGGCCUGCAGCGCGCCGCCCGGACACCCGCGCUGCCACCGCCGUCCACCGCGGUCCCGCGCGCGCCCUCGACGGCCUGGGGCCCCAGCGAUGUGGGCUCAGCCACGAAGUGUCUGAGCCGGCCGCGGCCCCUGGACAGUGACUCCAGCAGCUCGCCACCCACCGCGUCCCCCGCCCCCGAGGGGCGGGCCGGCCUCUCACCUGCGGCGGGACCCGUCGCCCCCUCCUCCCAGAGACCUCUUCUGCUCCUGCCAGAUGGCGGCCAGGUCCCAGGGGUGCCUGGCAGCCAGCUCCAGCCGCUCGUUUUCUUUCUCCCGUGGACCUGGUCGUUUUGCCCAGAACCCAGUUCUCUUCUCAGUUCGCAGCUGUCUCUCUGAGGUGUGCCUUUUGUCCCACACAGUAGUUAAGCCCCGCACUCUGCCCAGCUCUUCUACACUACCUGGACAAACGUCUUCCCCUUCUUUUCAAUAAAUGUCAGACGCUAUUAAAAAGAAA